CCCUCCUCCACUCUCAGCAUCUCUCCGCCCUCUCUCUCUAUCUCCUCUCUCUCUCUCUCUCUUCCCACAGAGAACUUCCAACAAUGCAGAACGCCGCCGUCAUCUUCUUGUCGGUGCUUCUCUCCGCCGCCUUCCAUCCCGCUCUCAGCCUCGUCGACGGGUAUUUGCCAAAUGGGGAUUUCGAGAGAGGUCCGAAGGCGUCGGACAUGAACGGAACGGUGGUAAAAGGACCAUAUGCAAUACCGGAAUGGGAAAUUUCAGGCUUCGUGGAGUACAUAAAGUCAGGGCAGAAACAAGGCGACAUGUUGCUGGUGGUGCCGGAGGGGGCGUUCGCCGUCCGGCUAGGAAACGAAGCGUCAAUCAAACAAAAGAUCAAAGUAGUAAAAGGACUUUACUAUUCGAUCACUUUCAGCGCCGCCCGAACCUGCGCUCAAGAGGAGCGGCUCAACAUCUCUGUAGCGCCCGACUGGGGGGUUCUGCCGAUGCAAACUCUUUACAACAGUAAUGGCUGGGACUUAUACGCUUGGGCCUUCCAAGCCACCUCCGACGAGGUCGUUAUUCUCAUCCAUAACCCUGGCGAGGAGGAAGAUCCUGCCUGUGGCCCUCUCAUCGACGCCAUUGCCAUUAAAACCCUCUACCCUCCUAAGGCCUCCAAUGAUAAUCUGGUGAAGAAUGGGGAUUUCGAAAUUGGCCCAUACGUUUUCCCAAACGCAUCAUCAGGAGUUUUGGUCCCACCGAACAUUGAAGAUGACCACUCUCCGAUCCCCGGCUGGAUGGUUGAAUCUCUCAAGGCCGUCAAAUACAUCGAUUCCGACCAUUUCUCCGUCCCCAGCGGGAAGCGCGCCGUCGAGUUAGUCGCCGGAAAAGAAAGCGCAAUAGCUCAGAUUGUUCGUACGAUCCCCGGAAAAACCUACAUCCUCUCGUUCGUCGUCGGCGAUGCAAGCAACUCGUGCGAAGGAUCCAUGGUCGUUGAAGCUUUCGCCGGGAAAAACACACUGAAAGUACCGUACCAGUCGAAAGGCAACGGCGGAUCGAAACCGGCGGCGCUGAAAUUCACGGCGGAAUCGACGAGGACGAGGAUUAUGUUCUUGAGCACAUUCUACACCAUGCGAACCGAUGAUUUCUCGUCGCUGUGUGGGCCGGUGCUGGAUAAAGUGAAAUUGUUGAGCGUUCGAAACCCUAAGGCGUGAUGAAAGAGGAAGAAAUUCGAUGGUGACUUAGUGGAAGAAUUUGGUUGGGGAUUUGAAUAUAAUAGUAGUAAGAAAGUUGAAGUUGAUCUUCUCUGUGAGUGGUUUUGGUUGUAAUGUUGAAGAUGAUGAAGAAGAAGAAAAACAGGGGAAGAACUCUGCUUUUGAAAAGAGGGGUUUUAGCGGAAAAAUUAAUAAAUAAAUAUAUAUAGUAAUUAAUACGAUAUAUAUAAUUAAUAUAAUAUAAAGCGGAUAGGGUUUUUAUAUAAUAGUGUGAUUUUAAGGGCGGGCGGCUUUCUGUAAUCGUGAUGUGGAAAAAAAAUCGACUUAAAUCGAUUUUUUUUACUUACUUUUUAAUGAACAAUUACCAUAUUUCAUGAAUAA